AUGAAGUCUACCGUUGCCGCCGUCGGCCUCAUGGCCACCCUCGCCAGCGCCAGCGCUCACCAGCCCCGCCACUUCCACUGGCGCCGCGACAACUCCACCGCUUCCGCUCAGCCCGGCUACACCACCCUUACCGUCGAGGUCACCGAGGUCGCUACCAUCACCUCUUGCGCCCCUACCGUUACCAACUGCCCUGCCCGCAGCGCCACCCUCUCUGCCUCUGACCUCCAGACCUACGUCGUCACCAACGUCGUCCACCUGACCGAGACCGUCUGUCCCGUCUCCGAGGCCGAGAGCAUCUCCAAGUCCCUCGUCCAGGAGCACUCCACCGGCUCCCUCCCCGGUGUUACUCGCACCGCUCCCGCCGUCAGUGCCACCCCCACUGGCCCGGCCGGUGUUCCUCUUACCACUGGCGGUGCUCCCCCCGCCGCCGGCGUCCCUUCGCAGACCAACUCUGCCCAGGACCCUACUAUCACCAGCCCUCCCGCUGGCGACGAUGAGGAUGAGGACGAUGACUGCCCCGCCGAUGGCGAGGUCGAGACCACCGUCACUCAGAUCGUCACUACCAAGACCCUCACCAUGACCGUUGGCAAGGGCUCUACCGCUUCCGUCGUCACCACCGCCGUCCCCACCACCAUCGAGUCCACCGUUCUCGUCACCAAGCCUGCCACCGAUGGUGCCGUCAAGCCCUCCGCCUCUCUCCCCGCUGCCGGCUCCGUCACUGGUGCCGUCGGCUCUGAGGAGCCCACUACUACCACCACUGCCACCUCCACUGGCACCCGCACUGUCACCAUCAAGCGCCCUGGUGCUUCCGGCACCCCCGGCUCUGGCUCCGGCUCUGACAACGCUGACGCCGAGUGCUCUUGCCCCGCCCAGGUCACCGUGACCGUCCCCGCCUCCACCGUCUACGUUACCAUCGGUGGUGCCUCUGCCACCCCCUCCGCCCCCGUCAACGGCGCUGGCUCUGGCAACAACGGCGGUGCUGCUGAGCCCAGCAAGACCGCCUCUGCCUCUGCCCCCACCACCACCGAGACCGCUGAUGACGGUGAGGACGACGAUGAGUGCCCCGCCGAUGAGGAGGAGGUUGUCACCCUCUCCACCACCGUCACCGUUGCCCCCUUCCCUACCAACGGCACCGCCCCCGGCGCCGGCAGCGCCAAGCCCACCGGCGCUCCCGCCUACCGCCGCUCCAACAAGCUCUUCUAA